CUGAACCGGUUUCAACCGGUUAUGUGAGUUUAGUUGCUUCAACGAGGAGAAGAGGCGCAGGAAUACAAUCUCUCAAAACCGCCCCGCUGCAACACACAAAAAAAACAACAACAACAUUAUUAGUUAAAGAAUUAAAUUGUAAAUCAAGGUUUAUUUUUAUUUUUUUCGUAAAAUGAAUCGGAGUAUAUUAUUGAGCGUACCGUGAUAAUAGUUGCGGAAUCCACAUCUGUGAUCCUUAUUAACUAGCCAUCAAUAUACUACACCUUCUGGAAUUGGAGCCAGCUAACGUGUCAGAGAUAACAGAUAGCCAGUCUAUUUCUGACUAAACAACGAUAUUGUCUAUAACCUUGUAGCAAAGCUUCCCUGUGGGGGAAAAAGCCCAUCUCCUUUCAGUCAGAGGCUUGGACUUUUGAGCUCCAUGCCAGCAGUUAUGACAGUGUUAGCAGACCAUGCAGCGCAGCAGCUGCUAGACUUCAGCCAGAAACUAGACAUCAACCUGUUGGACAACGUGGUCAACUGUCUGUACCACGGGAUCGGAACACAGCAAAGGCUGGCUCAGGAGGUUCUGACCCAGCUGAAAGAGCACCCGGAUGCUUGGACCAGAGUGGACACCAUACUGGAGUUCUCCCAGAGCAUGAACACCAAAUACUAUGCUCUGCAGAUUCUGGAAACAGUUAUCAAAACAAGAUGGAAGAUUCUACCCAGAAACCAGUGUGAAGGUAUUAAAAAGUAUGUUGUUGGACUUAUUAUCAAGACGUCGUCGGACGCUACAAUGGUCGAGAAAGAGAAAGUGUACAUUGGAAAGCUGAACAUGAUCCUUGUUCAGAUCCUGAAGCAGGAGUGGCCCAAGCACUGGCCCACGUUCAUCAGUGACAUCGUGGGAGCCAGCCGCACCAGCGAGAGCCUCUGUCAGAACAACAUGAUCAUUCUCAAGCUGCUCAGUGAGGAGGUGUUUGACUUCUCUAGUGGACAGAUGACCCAGGUCAAGGCCAAGCACCUCAAAGACAGCAUGUGCAACGAAUUCUCCCAGAUAUUCCAGCUCUGCCAGUUUGUCAUGGAGAAUUCCCAGAAUGCACCACUGGUCCACGCCACUCUAGAAACGCUGCUGAGGUUUCUCAACUGGAUUCCUCUGGGGUACAUUUUCGAGACCAAACUCAUCAGCACACUCGUCUACAAGUUCCUGAACGUGCCGAUGUUCCGCAACGUGACGUUGAAGUGUCUGACGGAGAUCGCCGGCGUCAGUGUCAGCCAAUACGAGGAGCAGUUUGUCAACCUCUUCACGCUUACCAUGUGUCAACUCAAACAGAUGCUUCCCCUGAACACCAACAUUCGUCUGGCGUACUCCAACGGUAAGGAUGACGAGCAGAACUUCAUCCAGAACCUCAGCCUGUUCCUCUGCACCUUCCUGAAGGAGCACGGUCAGCUCAUCGAGAAGAGGCCCAACCUCCGAGAGACACUGAUGGAGGCUCUCCACUACAUGCUGCUGGUGUCUGAGGUGGAGGAGACAGAGAUCUUUAAGAUCUGUCUGGAGUACUGGAACCACCUGGCUGCAGAGCUUUACAGGGAGAGUCCCUUCUCCACCUCCACCUCCCCCCUGCUGUCUGGAUCACAACACUUUGAUGUCCCUCCUCGCAGACAGCUCUACCUGCCUGUACUCUCCAAGGUGCGUCUGCUGAUGGUGAGCCGCAUGGCCAAGCCGGAGGAGGUGCUGGUGGUGGAGAACGACCAGGGAGAGGUGGUACGAGAGUUCAUGAAGGACACAGACUCCAUCAACCUCUACAAGAACAUGAGAGAGACACUGGUGUACCUGACCCAUCUGGACUAUGCAGACACGGAGCGUAUAAUGACAGAGAAGCUUCAUAACCAGGUGAACGGAACAGAGUGGUCCUGGAAGAACCUCAACACACUGUGCUGGGCUAUAGGGUCCAUCAGUGGAGCCAUGCACGAAGAGGACGAGAAGAGGUUCCUGGUCACAGUCAUCAAGGAUCUGCUGGGUCUAUGUGAACAGAAGAGGGGAAAGGACAAUAAGGCCAUCAUUGCCUCCAACAUCAUGUACAUCGUGGGCCAGUACCCUCGCUUCCUCAGAGCCCACUGGAAGUUCCUCAAGACCGUCGUCAAUAAACUCUUUGAGUUCAUGCACGAGACCCAUGAUGGGGUACAGGAUAUGGCGUGUGACACUUUCAUCAAGAUCGCCCAGAAGUGCCGUCGCCAUUUUGUCCAGGUGCAGGUGGGCGAGGUGAUGCCCUUCAUCGACGAGAUCCUCAACAACAUCAACACCAUCAUCUGUGACCUGCAGCCACAGCAGGUCCAUACGUUCUACGAGGCUAAUCUAGUCACUCCUGUAAUAAUGAAUCAGACAGACCAGGCAGUACAAGAGCAUAUCAUAGAGAAAUACAUGUUACUGCCUAACCAGGUGUGGGACAGCAUCAUUCAACAGGCCACCAAGAACGUGGACAUUCUGAAGGACCCAGAGACGGUGAAGCAGCUCGGCAGCAUCCUGAAGACCAACGUCCGGGCCUGUAAGGCCGUGGGACACCCCUUCGUUAUCCAGUUAGGACGCAUUUAUCUGGACAUGCUCAACGUCUACAAGUGCCUCAGCGAAAACAUCUCCGCAGCCAUCCAGACCAACGGAGAGAUGGUGACGAAACAGCCCCUGAUCAGAAGUAUGAGGACGGUGAAAAGAGAGACGCUCAAACUCAUCUCCGGCUGGGUUAGCAGAUCCAGCGACCCACAGAUGGUGGGGGAGAACUUUGUUCCGCCGCUGCUCGACGCCGUUCUCAUCGACUACCAGCGCAACGUCCCCGCCGCCCGGGAGCCCGAGGUCCUCAGCACCAUGGCAACCAUCGUCAACAAGCUGGGCGGACACAUCACCGGGGAGAUCCCGCAGAUCUUCGAUGCCGUGUUCGAAUGCACGCUCAACAUGAUCAAUAAAGACUUUGAGGAGUACCCGGAACACAGGACUCAUUUCUUCUACCUGCUGCAGGCGGUCAACUCCCAUUGUUUCCCAGCAUUCCUGGCCAUCCCUCCGGCCCAGUUCAAACUGGUGCUGGACUCCAUCAUCUGGGCCUUCAAACACACCAUGAGGAACGUGGCCGACACAGGCCUUCAGAUCCUCUACACUCUACUGCAGAACGUGACUCAGGAAGAGGCUGCAGCACAGAGCUUCUACCAGACAUACUUCUGUGACAUCCUCCAACACAUCUUCUCUGUGGUCACUGACACAUCACACACUGCUGGCCUGACGAUGCAUGCCUCCAUCCUGACCUACAUGUUUAACCUGGUGGAGGAAGGGAAGAUCAACACCCAGCUCAACCCCUCCAACCCCGGUAACAACCAGGUCUUCAUACAGGAGUACGUGGCCAACCUGCUCAAAACUGCUUUCCCACAUCUACAGGAUGCCCAGGUCAAGGUGUUCGUAACAGGACUGUUCAGUCUUAACCAGGACAUUGCAGCCUUCAAGGAACACCUGAGGGACUUCCUGGUACAGAUUAAGGAGUUUGCAGGGGAGGACACCACAGACCUGUUCCUAGAGGAGCGGGAGGCGUCGUUGCGUCAAGCGCAGGAGGAGAAACACAAGCUACAGAUGUCAGUUCCCGGUAUCCUCAACCCACACGAAAUACCUGAGGAGAUGUGUGAUUGAGACGUCCAGCCACUGCGCCAAACUGCUGUUACUGUACAUACAGGCAUACUGACAAACACACAAAACUAAAACUAACCCGAACGAAGAUCGGUGGGAGGCCCCCGGUCACUUUGCUGAGGUACGGAGAGAGCAGACACGCCCGUCCUCAUCCAUCAGGUGUUCUGUCCACCAAAAACCAUGUCAAUAUGUAAAUGACGACGUACUGCGUCACCCCGUGGCCCGUUACACCUGUUUUAUAUCGAGACUUCUGUUUCCACUGUUUAUUUGGUCAGGGGUCAGGGGUCAUCACCCCCCCCUAGCUGCAUGACAUGAAGCAGACGUAUGGCAAGACUUCUGAACUUCACUUGUUUCCUCCCCUCCAUAUGUUAUCUCUCUCUCACACACACACUCACACACACACACACACACACACACACACACACACACACACACACACACACACACACACACACACACACACACACACACACACACACACACACACACACACACACACACACAUACACACACACUGAGACAGGAGAGUGUUUGUGCAACAAGGCAUAUGUGUCAAAGUUCUCAGCAAAGACGCUUCUAGAACUAUGAUGUGACAGACUGGAAGGAAUGAAGUGGUGUUCUAGAAGUGUGUGUGUGUGUACCCUGCGUUUGAUUCCCAACCCAAUGCAUUGUGGUUAGAAUGUGAAGCUAGCGGACUAUGAAGGAAGGAAGUCAGAGAUGCUGCUGCUUUGUGUGUCAGGUGGUCAGGCUAGCGGCCGUGCUCAUUGGUUAAACCUCCGCCCAACUGAAAGAAACCUACUGCGUUUGGUCGCCUGGCUGUGACUGGAGGCUGGAACAAGGAAGACCGGAAGGAGCAUCAUCGGCGCAAGACAGUCAGAUUAUGUGCAUAUCAUCCCAAUUCUAUAGCACAUGGAUUACCAUGGGAACAUCAUUAUUAUUUAGUGUAUUGUUGAGUGCGUGUGCUGUCGCCUAGACGACAUGGGCGUUUAGUUUUCCUCUGUGAGGAUCGUUGCUCUUCGUUCAAAUGGACCUUUAACAGAAAGAAGAAGCGGUUAUUGACAUUUUAUUUAUGGGUUCAAAAUAACUGCAUCUUUAUAUAACAAACUCCCGUUUAGCUUCUGUCAGUCGGCUUUUGAGAUUCUGAAUUGGAACUAAUUGACAUUGUUUACCGUGCUGGUAGUGCUUCAACAACACCACCUAGAAGACGAGCUAAAAUAAACAACUCCGUUUACAUUUAAUUUGUUUAUUUGGAUCUUUAUAAAACAUGUCUUCUAUCCAAAAUAAAACAAAAGGCUUUUUAUUCCAGAGUGAAAUAAUUAGUUGCCAAUAGUUUGAUUAAGCAACAAAUGUAUAAUUCCUAAUCCAAACUCAAUCUGUACAUGGCAAAUAGUCCCCCUUCUCUACUCGUUACAGUUGUUGUGAAACUUUUUGAACUGAUUAAAGUUGAGGAUUUUAUAA